AUGAAGCGUCGUGAUCAAAUCCUCGCUCUCUUGGUCAUCCUUGUCAUCUCCGCCGGAUUCACACUUGGACUCACCUAUGCCCCUUGUUAUGCCUCCCUCUGCUCCGAAUCCUAUCUGCCAUAUGAAACACGCCUUCAUAUUGUAACGUUCUUCUCCAUACUUGCCAGCACUGGCAGUAUGCUAUACUUGCGCGCUACCUUCACUAAAGCCAGACAGGCAAGCAAGUUUUACAUCAUUCAGCAUGGACUUCCCAUCCUCGGGAAGCGCGUCAGCCUUGGUGGAAUCGUCAUCUCGGUCUGGCUUGUUGGACUGAGUCUUGCGACUACGGGAUUUUGGGUAGGGCCAUUGUUGGAGUACUGGGCGAGAAGGUCGGAUCCAUUGGAUUGGGCAACUGCACAAUUACGCCUCACUGUGACUGGAAUCAUUGGGCACCAUGCGGAUUUGCUGCUGGGCCUGGUCAUAAUACCAGUGUCCAGAAACAGUUUCCUUGGCCAAGCGUUCGAGCUGCACCAGAGCACGCUCCUGUAUGCGCACAAACUGAUCGCUUAUGUACUUUUCCUUGCGGCUCUCGCACAUGGAGCGGCAUAUUAUACUUUUGUCGGCGCGUAUCGCCCGGCCUCGUCAGAGCGAAAAGAAGCUUUCAACAUCGACAAUCCAACCCAAACUAUGGCUGAAGCGGAACAUGGCAGUGGGUGGUACUAUGCUACAUUGCCGUCUGGGAUGAUAGGUUUCCUGCUGGUGAUUGCAAUCAUCAUCACUUCGCUUCCGGCUCUGCGACGCAAGAGCUACAACACUUUCUACUACGUUCAUUUGAUCUGUAGCUUCUGGGCUUUUGUUGCAUUGAGCGUACACGCUAGCACCGACUUCUACUUCCUAUUCCCUGGACUUAUACUGUGGGUUAUUGAUUGGUGCUGGAGGAUUUUCCGAGGUCACAGUGGCGGCUUGGGUAAAAAGGUCGUUGGAACAAUCGAAAACGCUGGGGACGGAUGGUAUAGGAUAAGUCUGCCCGCCGCGUCGAAGAUGAUCGAUGAGACGUGUGCCGUGGAAAAGGAAUCGACAAUCACGCACCCCUUGCAGUCUUACAGCUUGGUCAUUCCAGAAAUCAGCAAGACACAGAACCACUCUUUCACAGCCACUCAGGUUGGCGCUGGGGCAGAGGGCCCUGGCUUCCUCCUGCAACGGGCACAAGGCAAAAUAUCCAAGAAGCUAGAAAAAGAGUGGACUUGGAAGCUUGGUGCAAUUGUGCCCGAAGUUGGGAGCCGACGAGACCUUGAAGUGAGGGUUGAGGGCCCAUACUACCCAAGCGAUGUCGGUUUCACGGUCGCCUCAAAAGUAAUUUGUAUAGUUGGCGGCACAGGGCUUACUGGGGCGUACAGCCUCGCUGUGUGGUGGUUGAAACACCGAUGUCAAGAUGCCCUGGCAGAAUUCCAGCUGGUAUGGACAGUGCGAUACAACACGAUAACUGGCUUCAUUAUGUCGAGCGAGAAGUUGAAUGUAGCCAUCGUCGGUGCUGGUCUUUCAGGCCUCACACUGGCUCUUGGCCUACAAGACCAGGGCAUUUCCUGUACCGUUUAUGAGUCUCGUCCAGGUCCCCUCAAUAUUGGCGGAGCAGUGAUGCUAUCUCCCAACGCCCUCAAAGUGCUCGACGCGUUGCACCUGUACGACGGUCUCAAGACUCAAGGAUGGAAUUUCAGCUAUCUCCAGUACAGAGAUGUUUCCAACAAGCUCCUCGAGACCUAUGAAUUUGGCAACAAAGAUGAGUACGGCUACGAAGCCCUGCGCAUUUAUAGGCAUGUUCUUAUUGAUACACUCUUGGCCGAGCUCAAGCGGAAGAACAUACCCAUACAGUUCAAUGCCAAAUUCACCCAUGUCAUUGAUGAGGAUUUGGACGCAGUCUUAUUCGCCUUCACGGAUGGUUCAACAGGCAGGGCCGACGUACUGGUUGGCGCGGACGGGAUACACUCCAAAGUCAGAAAGUACCUCUACCCCGAUCUCGAGCCAGAAUUCAUCGGGAUGGCCGCAACCACCGCCGCCGUUCCCACGGCUCAGCUGAAGUUACCAGAAGGAUACCACCUGCCAGUCACCAUUACCUCGCCGCAAGGCGCCUUCGUUAUUGCUCCCCAGCAGCUUGACGGAUCGGAAGUCCUCAUCGGGAAGCAACGAAGGGUAUCAGAACAGGACCGCGCAGCCUGGGAAAAGACUUUGGCAGACAAGGAAGACGCUGUGCGCUUCCUUCAGCAGGGCCAGGAGCAAUUUCCAGAGAUUGUUCAAAACGCCGUUUCGCAGAUAAACCCCGACAAAAUCAAUAUCUGGCCAUUUUUUGUCGUACCCAAGCUCGAUCGGUGGGCCUCAGAGAAGGGGCGCGUGAUCAUCCUUGGUGAUGCCGCCCACGCCAUUCCACCCUCGGCCGGCCAGGGCAUUAAUCAGGCUUUCGAAGAUGUUUACAUCCUUUCCCUCCUGCUUGGAAGGACCAGUGAGAUUAUGAAUCUACAGGAUGCGCUGAGCUUCUGGCAGUCGUACAGACAAGACCGCGUGGAUAAAGUGUUUGAGCUGAACAAGCAAAUUGAUUUGAGGCGUAUGCCUGUUAACGAUGCUGUCAUUGGAGAAAGCAGCGUGAUUCAUAAGGAAGAAUUCGAUUUAGAGUGGUUAUACAAGCCAGACUUCAAGCAUGUGGUUGAGGAGUGGAUUCUUAGGCAGAAAGAGUAA